AUGAGACCAAACACCUCUGUGACUGAAUUCGUCCUGUUGGGCUUCUCUACUGACCCUGACGUGAGCUCUGCUUUAUUCCUGGCGUUUCUGGGCGUUUACAUCUUCAUCGUGCUGGGUAACGUCCUCAUCAUUGUCGUCACCACAGUCGACCUGGCCCUUCACACCCCUAUGUAUUUCUUCCUCAGGAUCUUGUCCUUCCUGGAGAUCUGCUUCACCUCCGUCACCCUACCCAACGUGCUGGCCGAGAUCCUCUCAGUGAGGAAAACCAUGCCCUUUGCCGGCUGUGCCGUGCAGAUGUAUUUUUUCCUGUUCUUUGGUGUUACUGAGUGCUGCCUGCUCGCGUCGAUGGCCUACGACUGCUACUGCGCCAUCUGCAACCCGCUUCGCUACACGGCCUUCAUGGAUAGAAAAGUCUGCCUCCAACUGACAGGCGGGUCGUGGCUCUGUGGGAUGGUGGUGGCCGUGGGACACACCGCCUUUGUCUUCACCCUUCCUUUCUGCGGGCCCAACGUGAUCAACCACUUCUUCUGUGAGAUCCAGCCGGUGCUGAAGCUGGUGUGCGGGGACACAUACCUGAUCGAGAUCCAGAUCGUUGUGGGGGCUGCACUUGUCCUUCUUCUGCCUUUCAUGCUAACGCUGGGGUCCUACGUAUGUAUCAUCUCCACCAUCCUUCAGAUUCGGUCCACUGAAGGCCGGCGCCGAGCCUUCUCCACCUGCUCCUCACACCUCACCGUGGUGACCUUGUUCUACGGGACAGCCCUCAUCAUGUAUGUCCGUCCCAAGUCCAGCUUCUCCCCAGAGGUGAGCAAGAUAUUCGCUCUGUUCUACUCAGUGGUGAUUCCGCUCUUGAACCCCAUUAUCUACAGCCUCAGGAACAAGGAGGUGAAAGAUGCCUUGAGGAAAACAGGGACAAAGAUAUUUCAUCCUCAAGAUUAG